GAAUUGCCUAUGGAGACUCUGUCAACCAAACCAUAGCUGAUUUUACCAUUCAAGAGGGGGAGAGUGUUUUGCUGCCAUGCAGCUACACGUCGUCUUUCUCCCCAGUUAUUUUCUGGUAUGUACAGCAUCCACCGGAACCCCCUCGGCACUUGCUCUCAAGUUAUGAUGAUCCCAGCGAGGAGACAAAAAAGAAUGGGUUUUCAGCAGUCCUUGACAAAAAGGAGUCCUUUCAUUUGAAAAAGGCGUCCGGUGAGCCAAGAGACUCAGCUGUCUAUUUCUGUGCCUUGAGAGACACAGUGAAGAGAAUGACAAGCCAGGGAGCACAAAAACCAACCCAGUGGCUGAGCGAAGAACAUGUGCUUGAGAAGGCAUUACUAGGUGCACAUUAA